ACAAACUACAAACUCUCCCAUCAUGCUUUGUUCUGUUGUGACGUCAGGUCAGCUGACCCUUGCUGUUCGCUGGAGGAAGAUGUCGGUGACGACCUACCAAAAGAUGAAGGCCGGUUUUACCUUGGGGUUUGCUCUCUGCUGUCUUUUCUCAGCAGGUGUUAGUGGGGACAGCUUCACAGUCCUUCAGGCUCCGGAGUUUGUGUCUUUUCAGAAAGGCGACUGGCCAGUUUCUGGAGAGAAAGUCCCUGAUGUGGUGGCUCUGACUAUGGGCUUCUCUGUCCAAGAGGAUCUGAUGUGGCCUGGCCUCCAGGCUGGUCCAUUGUUCCAGCGUCCCCGGGCCAAUGUGUUAGUGGUGGUCAGAGGAAUCGACAGCCUGUCUCUGCCUCAGGCUGUGGCCUCUUACCCCCUGGAAAAUCCAGUACCCUUCACUCUGGAUGGUGUUGCAGAGACGGUCCACUCUUUGUUUUCUGAGUACACGCCUGUGGUGCUACAACUGGCUCCAAGUGAGGAGCGCCUGUACAUGCUUGGCAAGGCCAAUGCUGUGUUUGAGGACCUUCCAGUGACCUUACAGCAGAUCCGUGCUCGCCUGUCCCAGGAUGGCUCUGUGCUGACUUCUCUUCCCCUCAACUCUCUUAGCAGAAAUUCUGAAGCUGAUUUACUCUUCCUGUCUGAGGUUCAAGUAUUGCAUGAUAUCACCGCUCUGCUCCAGAGGCACAGACAUUUGGCCAAGGACUUCUCCCCUGACCUGUACUCUCUGGAGCUGUCUGGCUUGGAGGAGCUAAGUCGUCUUUACGGCAAUGACUCUCCUCAGUACCGCGAUGCAACAGCCAUUCUUGCUUCUGUGCUCCAGAAGUUUGGAGAGGACAUGUAUCGACUCUAUGGCAACAGGGCUAUGGUGGAGGUUGUUACUGUCAAAACAUUUGAAGCUCCUUUGACCAGAAAGUCUCGUUCAAUCCUGGAAUCUAAACAGAUUAGUAACCCGGGCAGUCCUUACAACCUGGCCUACAAGUACAACUUUCAGUACGCUGUGAUCUUCAACAUCGUGCUCUGGUUGAUGAUCGCUCUGGCCCUGGCCGUCAUCGUCAUUUCUUACAACCUGUGGAACAUGGACCCAGGAUAUGACAGCAUCAUCUACAGGAUGACCAAUCAGAAGAUCAGGAUGGACUAGGUUCUGCUGUCACCACACCCUGCUGCUUCCUUAGAUUUCUCUAGUGAAUAUUUGUUUGUGUGAGGUCCUGUGUAGUAAAAAAAGACAAAAUAAAAACCCGUCUGUGACAGUUUGACCAGAGGAAGAGCACAACUAUGAAUAAUCUUUGAGUGUACAGCACUGAUAUCAAAAAAUGUUGACAUGAAAUGAUACCAGAAUACAUUUUGUCCGCAUUAAAUUAGUGGCCCUUAAGCUGGUCUGGAGCAAUGAUAUCCCCUGGAGAGUACACUGAACAAAUUUUUCCUUCCUCCUUUCAGCUUCACGGCUCAAAUCAUUCCUUUAAUUUCUAACAUUUUCCUCCUUGGUGAUUGCAAGUGUAUUUUUUUUAUUGUAAAAAAUGUGUUAUGAAUGAAGUUAGAUUUGUCUGGUUUCUUUGUUGCUGCUGUAAAAGGUUUAAGUUAAAGAAAAGUCUGUGUAUAUACUGAAUAUAGAAAUGUAUGAGAAUCUAUCGUCUGGUUUUGGUGUGCUUCUCCAAACAGCAGGUAUUUGUUAAAUUGUAUAAAAACCUGACCCUGAUAUUUGCCAUUAAAAAGGAAAUGGUAUGAAAAAAGCUCUAAACUGCAAUAAAUGCUUAACAAUAAAUUAUUACAUGUA